GAAAGAGAGAGAUAGAGGGAGAGAGAGAGAUCAGGGCAGACAGAAAUCAGAGAUGAGAAGAAGGGGAGGGUAAAGAAAUAGCUACUAUCAGUGGCAUAAAAUAGCGAGUGAAAUUAAUCCCCGUCUCUGCACUCUAAAACCUACCAAGUGCGGGAGAAACGGACAAACCGGGAAAGAGAAGAAACUGCGGAGGUUACUGUGACAGCUACUGAAGGGAGAAGGAACACGCAGGAAUCUGAAGCUAUCAGCAUUCUGCCAUGCUGAUACCUGACGUUCUCUGCCUUGCUGAGUGACGGCUACUUGGAGUCGGGAGUAAAGUACCGAAGAAGUCGUAAACCCAAAAUAAAGGGAGCCAGUCUGACAGCAUUGUGGAGAGAGGAACAGAAUUGACAUUUCAGGACUUCUCUAUGCAUCACUCUGUCUGGGCUCUGUUAAGACCUGUGAAUUGGAUUCAUCUACAAGACUAAGACAAGGGUCGUUUCCGAAAGCAAGAAGAAUGCAUGCAGCAUCCUGGCUGUGGACACACUCCUGCUCAUAAGUGACAGUGAAUGGAACAGCCCUGAAUGGAACACAAAUCUAGCAACCUCCCAACUCUGCAAAAGGAGGAUGUGGGAAGGUGGCCUGAUGGGAAGAAAAAGCGGAAGAACAGCCAGUCCUCCAUGAAAUCCACCAGCAUGUCAGGGUACAUUCCCAGUUAUCUGGAGAAGGAUGAGCCCUGUGUGGUCUGUGGUGAUAAGGCGACCGGAUACCAUUACCGCUGCAUCACAUGCGAAGGCUGUAAGGGUUUCUUCCGGAGGACAAUCCAGAAAAACUUACACCCUGCUUAUUCCUGUAAAUAUGAUGGCUGUUGUGUGGUUGACAAGAUCACCAGAAACCAAUGCCAACUCUGUCGAUUCAAGAAAUGCACCGCUGUUGGCAUGGCAAUGGACUUGGUGCUGGACGAGAGCAAGCGCAUCGCCAAGAGGAAGCUGAUUGAAGAGAACCGGGAGAAGCGGCGGCGAGAGGAAGUGGUGAAGACCAUGCUGAACAGGCCCGAGCCUACCAGCGAGGAAUGGCAGCUGAUCCGCGUUGCCACGGAGGCACACACAACAACCAACGCACAGGGCAGUCACUGGAAGCAGAAACGGAAAUUUCUGCCAGAAGACAUUGGCCAGUCUCCAAUGGUGACCACAGCAGAAGGAGAUAAAGUUGACCUUGAAGCCUUCAGCCAAUUCACUAGGAUUAUCACCCCAGCCAUUACCAGAGUUGUGGAUUUUGCCAAAAAACUACCAAUGUUUUCAGAGCUGCCUUGUGAGGACCAGAUCAUCCUUCUGAAGGGCUGCUGUAUGGAGAUAAUGUCUCUGAGAGCUGCUGUCCGAUACGAUGCAGAGAGCGAGACACUGACAUUAAAUGGGGAGAUGGCUGUGAAGAGAGAACAACUGAAAAAUGGAGGGCUAGGAGUGGUCUCUGAUGCCAUAUUUGAGCUGGGCAGAUCCUUAUCAGCCUUCAGUCUGGAUGACACGGAGGUGGCCCUUCUGCAGGCAGUUUUAUUGAUGUCCUCAGAUCGAACAGGAUUGACCUGUAUAAGCAAAAUAGAGAAAUGCCAAGAGGUCUACCUUCUGGCAUUCGAACAUUACAUAAACUAUCGCAAACACAACAUUCCACAUUUCUGGCCAAAAUUGCUGAUGAAAGUUACUGACCUGCGAAUGAUUGGAGCUUGCCAUGCCAGCCGCUUCCUCCACAUGAAGGUUGAAUGUCCCACAGAACUCUUCCCUCCCUUAUUCUUGGAGGUAUUUGAAGAUCAGGAAGUAUAGGCUUAAGUGAAACCUUGGAACCAGGAACAGAAAGUAAAACAAUCACAGGCUACUUGCCCAUUGCAGAUCAUCUUGUCUAUCUAGACCUGUCCGAAACUCAAAGAACCAUUCCAUUAAUGCGGGUACAGUUGCAAAUAUUUUGUAAGUCAUAGUAAUGUCCUUUUAUCCUUGUGCUCUGUCUUACAAAGGAAGGUCAUGCCGACUAGCUGCCCAUUGCUGCUUUACAGCUAAUUUUAUAAACAGCCAUCUUCAAAAGAAAAUGGCCAAAAGUCCCAUCUUUAUUUCCCAUGUGUUCAAAUCAGUACAAUAUUUCUGGUGGUCUGUCACAGAAUGGAAAAUUCCCUCAUCGUUGUGUGUUGAAGAUAGUCUGGUGUUCUCACCGGAGUCAACUAUUUCUUCUUAACAUACAACAGUUAAGAUAGAGGAGAAGGAAACACAUCUCCCUGCAUCAUUGUCACAUGUGAGGAAUUUCAAAACUGGAAGGAGAUGCAGAGAUAAAAGGCUAUGGAGAAGUGUUUACAACAGUGCUCAGCAAACACAUCUGAACCUUUGGUUGUGCUCAAGAAAUGGGAACUUCGCAUGCUUAUCUACAUUGCAGAGCCAUUUUCAACAGAAGAACAACAAAUAAAGCCUCCUUCCGCCUUCCUCUCCAGCCAUGGCCCAGUUCCAUCAACGCCGAAGCCUCCUCUUGUCAGGUGCAGCCUCCUUUCAGCAUGGAGGUUGCCAAUACAGAGCCAAAGCUGCCAAUGAUGGUUUUUGACAAGGAGCGCAAUCGGGAAGGAUCGCAAAGAAAGGAAGGGGGAAAACAGAAGGGUGGCGCACAAGAUUCCCCACCUCAGGAAUGCCAGCAAAAUGAGGUGGACAAGAACAUUGGAGUCAAAUGUAUCAGUAAAUCCUGAAGGAGACAAAAUGGGGUGGAAAUUUGUCCUUGGUCCCCUGUACUAAAUGCUUGGUGUAGUAGCACAUGCACGUAUUACUCAAUCUCCAAACUUCAGUCUCAUUGAACCGGCCCAGACAUGAUGGGCUGAUUGGCCUCCUCCUAACUUCAAAUUUUUUUGAGAUUCAGUUAGCUGAAUUUCAGCAGACAAAUACAGUGAAUAGAUGAAACAAUGCAUGUAACCAAUGACAAAUUUCAAUCCUAAUAUGUUAUUUGGGUUUAAUAUGUGCCUACCAGGGGAAGGAACAAAGGAGUUUAGUCCCUGCACUCUGAGCUUGAGUGGUUUCCUUGGUAGCCCUUUAGUUAACCCUUUAGUGGCUCUUUCCCAGGUCACAUUGUUUUUACCACAAUCAUUCCUUUUCUGUUUCUCUCUACUUGGAACACACAACCACACAAAGCACGUCAAGUUCCCUGGCAAGCUUUGAAGGUCAUCUUUGCAAGGCUAAAUGUUAAAGCUGUCCCAGUGUAGUUUUCUCAUUAUUUGCCAUUGUCAGGAACAAACCAAUGUUAAAAGACAGACCUUCAACACUUGCAGAGGCCUUGUGUGUAAUGAAUAACCUCAGUACUGAAUCAUCAGCCAGUGAUUUUUCAGACACAGAGCUGGAACGGAACAACCAAGAGUUGCGGGUUGUGUAAUUUCCAUCCAUCGUUUGUCGCUGGAAAUGCAUUUCCACUGAUUUGCAUCUCUGCUAAAAUUGUGGUGCUUUGUAUCCACCAGUUAGAAAAUACUGUGCCCAGUUCCAUUACUAGUUAGUAAAGCUCACAACAUCCAAUAGCUACAUGGCCAAAAUUCAUCUCCUGAGUUAAGGGAUAUUCAGUGGAGGUGCGUUCUCUCUGCAGGUCCCCUGUCCAGGCACCUUAUAUUUCUUAUUUGCUGCUUUAUCACAUUUGAAGUUUCUGGGUGACUGGGCAGGCUCCUCUUCCUUUCAGACAAAUCCUCAAUUGGAACACGAGAAUGGAUUGAGAUCAAAGGCUGAGGUGAUGAUGUGGAACUUGGAUUUAAACCCUUAAAUUGGCUAAAAGUCAUCCAUCAAGGUCCACAUACAUCACAUAACAAAGACUUUGUGCUGCACCUCCACUGGUAGCCCCAUGUAGACUAUAGGCUUAGACAACCCAGCAACAUUGGCUGUUUCAGCUGUCUUGCUAACUCAGGUACAUCCCUUUACAGUGCCCCUCCGGACAACCUCAACAACCUCUGCUUUCUAUUUUGUUAUGAAUAAGGUUCUCUUAAAUAUCCACAGUCUACUUGAAUACUGAUCAAUGAGAUAUUUAAACCAGGGACUUACUUUCAGGAAACAUUUUAUCACUACAUUUAAAACCGCACAUUACUGAAGAGCUUAAAAAAGCUCAACUGGUGCCCUCCAAUAACACUGCUGCUAACUAAAGACAGAAUAAGGCCACUCAAGGGUUAACAGUGAGAUACGAAAGUAAAGUGAAGGAUCUACUCAGGUACAAACUGAAUAUAAUUUUUAAAAGUAUAUAUUAAUAGAUAAAUAUUUCAUUUGGAGCUGUAACGAGGUUUAUGAAAUGUGAAACCAUGUUUUAUAUUAAUCACAAUGUGACUAAGCCCCUUGUUUAAAAGAGAAAUAUUUGCAUUUGUAUAGCACCUUAUCACAUUGCUGAGUAGUUCAGGUGCAGUUAAUUACUUUGAUGAGACUGAUUUUACCUGAGCAAAUACAACUGUCAUUUUACCCUCUAUAGGGGUUCACAAAGAACAGUCAGAUGAACCUGUUAUUGGUGGUGUUGGCUUUCUGGAGAGAUGUCUACCAGGGAACCCACUCCUCUGUCAAUUAGCAUGUGGGUCUUAUCAAAAUAACACCACCUUUGAACAAUGGAGUAGAAAGUGGUCUUCAGUCAUGCACAGGUGGCUGUUUGAUGAACUCUACAUCCAAACAUUGUUUCCAAAAUUCAGUUUCACAUUAACAGAACCAGAGUACAGCUGCUACUCUAUUUGUAUAUUUGGCACAGAAGAUAAUUUCUACCCCUCAUUCCUCUUACCAGAGAGACAGCAUAGACCAGAAGCAAAAUUCAUAAAAUGAAGCUCAUGCCUUUUAAAUCAGAUUUCAAACAAUUCUCUAUGUUAAUGGUCAUGAUAUUUUGUAAGUAUUUGAUUUUCAUUGAGGUAAUUUACAAGCAAGAUGGAUACAACUAGCACUUUUCAGGUGAAAUUUUGUACAGGUUCAUUUUAACACUGAGCGCUAAAUAACCAUUUAAAAUAUCAGAUGUAUUCUUUAAUAUUAUCUAUUAAAAUAUUUACUGUAAUUCUUUAUACCAUUAAAAUUCUAAAUUUGCAAUAUUUGAGGCAUCUAUAAAAUUAACUUAAUAUUUUCAUCCUUUACAAUAGAUAUAACAAACCAAGCAUCGCGGCACAGAGCUUUACAUAUUGGAAAAGUAUUCUAUUUAAUAACAAACAAUUGAUAAAACUUGACAUCAGUUAGAUUUCAGUUAGCAUCUGAAAAUCAGUUUUUAAGAUUUCAGGUUGAGAUCCCUUCACCAAAUUCUGAAUUCUCGUGGAGGGAAAACAGAAACAUUUAAGUUAUUCCCAUAAUUUAUUACCAGCCAAUCCCAGAGCUUUUGGUUUUCAUUUCCAGAUUUACUUUUGAAUUUUAUCUCCAUGCAGUUUUAGCAAAAAGCUCUUGCUAGAAUUUGCUAGUAGCAGAUAUUUCUGGACAGAACCAACUCUUCUUCUCUGAAUGCCCUGGCUCUCUCUUUGCAUGAGUGUCAGUCUCAUUUCAGCACCAAGGCUUUUGGUUUAGUUUCAUUUGUCCUGUUUACUGGGAAUGGCUGUUCCUUAACUACAUUCUGUGUUCACACCAACAUCAACAUCCCAAGAAUUUAAUUGAGUCCUGGUCAGACAAAAAUAGAUGCAAAUAAAUACACAGCUCCCUUGUAACAAGCAUUUCUCUCUCAGUUUCAGUUAAAGUCCUCUCCUAACCCUGGAUUUAAAAUCAAUCUAUUACCUUUCACUUCUUUUGUUGGUGUUAAUUCUGAGUUUGUGCCCAGUGGAUCAGUCAGACUUUCGGCACUCGUCAGUAACAGAGUGGUGACAAGGUUUCAACCACAGAUUCAGGGGUUCGAGCUGUAAUCCAAUCUAUGACAGCUAGGCAAUUUAACUUUAGAUAAUUAAACAAAUCUGGUAAUACAAAUCUGAAGUCUAGUGUGAGUGACAUUAACUAUGAAACUACUAUAUUCUUCAUAAAACCUGCUGUACUUCACAACUAUCCUUCAAGGAAGGAUGUCUGUACUCCUUACCUGAAGUGGCUUAUAAGUGACUACUGUCCAAUUAUGUGGCUAACUCUUAAUUACAUCAUUAACCCUGAUGCAUUUAUGGAUGGACAAUAAAUGCUGUCAUUGCCAGUGGCAUUGACGCUAUGAAUAAAUAAAUCUUUUUUUUUAACUGAUUAACUUUGGAAAAACUCUUACCUUGUUUCAGACCCUCAAAGUAUAUAAUAUAUCUUUUAAAAAGUAUGUUAACUUUGAAACAGGGUUUAAUAAAAUGGUAACUGGUCACCCAGGGUUAAAUUAUAAAUGAAGACUUCAUGAACAAGGGUAAUAUUUCCUGAAAUUUAGAAGGUUAAGUGAUGAUUUGAUUUAAUUCAAAUUAUAUUUUGAAUUCAAUUUUAAAUUUUAAAAUUAUUUUAAAAAUUUAAUUAAAAUUUUAACUUAAUGCUUAGAUACUAAGGAACACUGAGAGUGUAGACAGAGAGAAGCUCUUUCCACCAUUUGGGGAGACGAAGAGUCAGUCCUUCCUGGAAUGAAGUCAGGAAACAACUUACACACUACAAAUGGUAAAAACUUGAAACUCCUUCUCCCUAUAGCAAUUAAUGCUACAUUAAAUGCCACAUUAACUGCUAAUUUCAAAUAUGAUGUUGAUUAACUUUUGUUAUUGAAAGGAAUUAAUUGAUUUGAGGAAAGCUGAUUACAUGAAGUAGGUCAGAAAUAUCAAACAAUAGGGUAAAUAAGCUUCUUGUGUCCCUAUCAUUGUGUUCUCCCAUUUCCUGAUUUUCCAUUAUGCUCUAAGCUCCUCAAAUAUUAGUUUUAGUUUUACUUCUGAUGUGGCCCUUUCAACCCUGCACUCUCAUUGCUAAAAUAGCCAUAUCCAAGCUUAAAGCUCCAUUUUUCUACUCCAUUGCAUGUCCUCCACAAGAAAUUUCUAUUACUUAGCAGUCAUUAAUACAGAAGCCAAACCCAUGUCAUCGUAAAAGUUAAGUCACACUUCCAGAUUUUCUAACAACGUAAAGCCCAACACUGCCCUACAUUCAAACAGCUGGAGGAACUCAGUGAGUCAAUCUGCAUCUAUGGAGGCAUAGGGACAGUCAAUGUAGGGAUCUCAUCAAGUCAAGAUCCUGCAUACUGAGUCUUAACCCAAAAUAUUGACUAUCUCUUUGCUUCCGCAAUGCUGCCUGACCUGCUGAUCUCCUCUGGCUUUUUAGCUCCAGAUUCCAACAUCUGUAGAAUCUUCAGUCUCCACUGCCCUAACUUUCACUCCUACAAACCCAUAAUGACUUUGAUUACUUCUAAAAAUAUGAAAAGGCAGAGAUUUUGAGGUGCCACAAACAGUGCAGAAGAUAGUACUAGUCUUUAAAAGUAUACCUUCAGCUGUAUAUGUGUCAAAUAAAAUUGAGUGCAAGAAAGCAUGAGGAAAACAUUUGAUGCAAAGAGUGAGACGAGACACCACAAGCUAAACAGGUCAACUUUGUACAGCACUUACUUAUGAGAGAGACGAGAAGGUGGUAGGUUAAUUUACCAAAGCAGCUAGUAAAACACACACACUUAGUGAGCUACAUAAAUAGAGGAAUUGUAUAUUAUAGUACACCCAUACAAAACAAAAAUUCAGCCUCGUAUGGAGAUUUCACUUCAUGUAAAAUGUAAAAACUUUGGAGAAGAUGUAGAUAAUAUUCACUGGAUGAGUUCCAAGAAUAAAGGAUUACACUUAUGUAUUAUUAUGGAAGAGGUUGUUCAUCUUGGAGCAAAAAAGCGUCAGUUGAGAUUCAAAAAAGGUGCAAGUACAGAGUGAUACAGAGAAACACUUUCCAAUAGCUCUUGGGUCAGUAACCUAAAGCACAAAUUUAAAGUAGGGUAAUUAGCUUAAAAGCAGAGGUGAUCUAAGGAAUAAAGUUGUUAUAUAUUGAUUGAUAACCAUUGGGAAUGCGCUCCCUGAAAGGGUGGUGUAAACAGAUUUCAACAGCAUCUUACAAAAAGGAAUCAGAUCAAUACUUAAAAGGUGACAAAAAUGAAAGAGCUAUUGGGAAAAAAAAUCAUGAGGAUUGGACUCCCAGACUCCCAGAGCCAGCACAGGUUCAAUAGACUGAAAAAGCCUCCUUUUGGAGUGUAAUGGUGUAUAUCUCUCUAAUCAGUGUGCAUGCCUCUGUUAACUGUUAAUGCAUAAUGUGCAAAAUGCAAUAGGUAAGAUUUCAUGUUAUAUAUAUUUCAAGAAAAUGUCCUGAUUGGUGGAAAUCUGUGAUUGCAGCAAUCUUCCUUCAAGGCAUCUUGGGGUUUUUUAAACAACAAUGAAUUCUUCAACUAGUGAUGAAGAUUUAAAGCAAUGUCUCAGAAUAUCCUGAAGAAACUGGUCUUCAACAUUAUUGAAGACUGGGAGGAAAUCUCAAAGUAGAUAUGAUAUGGACAAGUGAUUUAUUGUGGCCAACAUUUAGCAUUUAGAAAACAUCUUCAAUUUCUGUUAGUUUCUCUUGCUGCUUUUUUGUUUUAAUGUUCAAUGUGAUUUGUCUGGCAUUGUCUGAUAAUAAAUUCUCAAUCUGCUCCAUGCACAUGAAUUGAGACACAAAGUUUAUGUAAAGCAUCAGAAUCUGCAGAUGCUGGAAAUUUUAAAUAAAAACAGAAAUUGCUGAAAAUACUCAGCAAGUCAGACAGCAUCAAUAGAAAGAUAAACAAGAGUUAAUGUUUCAGGUCAAAGAUCCUUUGUCAAAACUGGAAAGAGAGACAGCAAGUUGGUUUUACUUUGAAAAAACCAUGAGGUGGAGAGCAGGUGUAAAUGUGGCAAUCUAGUAUGGACAUAAUCAUUCAAAGUUCAGAGUAAAUUUAUCAUCAAACUACAUAUAUGUCACCAUAUACAACCCUGAGAUUCAUUUUCUCGCAGGCAAUCACAGUAAAUAUAAAGAAACACAAUAGAAUCAAUGAAAGACUGCACUCAACGGAAUGGACAAGCAACCAGUGGGCAAGAUUUUUACUGACUGGAUAUAAGAUUUUAAAUAAAUUCUAAAAGGCAACAAACUGUGCAAACACAAAAAGAAAGCAAAAAAUAAUAAUAAUAAUAAAUCAAUAAGUGUAAAACACCAGAAAUAUGCUGAAUUAAAAGAGGAAAUGGAAAGACUUUGGAACAUGAACAGGGUACACAUUGUUUUAAUAGUAAUAUCUACAACUGGUGUCAUCCCAAAGUCACAACACAAUAACGUUAAACAAUUAGGGCUACACAGCAAUAUUUAUGUAAAUCUUCAGAAAGCUAAAAUACUUACUCACAUCCAGCAUAGUCUGAAAGUUCCUAACAAUUGACAAAUGUGCAUGCUUGACUAUGCUCAUACCUCAGGUUUUACUAGCUUGCGCUGAGAAAAAGUAAAUAAUAAAUAAGUAAAUAAAUAAAUAUUGGCAACAUGAGAGGAAGAGUCCUUGAAAGUGAAUCCAUUGGUUGCAGGAACAGUUCAGUAAUAGGGCAAGUGAAAUUAUCCCCAUUGGUUCAAGAGCCUGAUAGCUGAUCCUGAACCUGGUGGUGAGGGUCCUGAAGCUCUUGUACCUUCUUCCUGAUGGCAGCAGCAAGAAGAGAGCAUGGCAUGCAUGGUGGGGUUCCUUGAUGUUGAAUGUUGCUUUCCUGCCACAGUGCUCCGAUGGCGGGGAGGUAUGGCCCAUGAUGGACCAGGUCAUAUCCACUACUUUUUGUAGGCUUUUCCGUACAGGGGUAUUGGUGCUUCCAUACCAGACCAUGAUGCAACCAGUCAAUAUACUCUCCACCAUACAUCAACAGAAGUUUGUCAAAGUUGUAGAUGGCAUGCCGAAUCUUUUAAAACGUCUAUGAAAGUUGAGGCACUGCUGGGCUUUCUUCAUAAUUGCACUUUUGUGCUGAGCCCAGGGCAGACCUUCUGAAAUGAUAACACUGAGGAAUUUAAAUGUGCUGACCCUCAACUUG